AACCUAAUUAAGUGUCUAAUAAUAGUCGACAAAUAUUCCAUCAUUCCUAACAAGAGUCAAAACUCCAACACCUAAACCUUUUACUUAUCUUUUACUUAAUCGAUCAUCACCACUUCAAUUUCUCAUAGCAUUUAUUAUUUAUUAUAACCAUAGUUCUUAUCUAAAGUUCCUACAAUUGAUACUCUCAUUAUUACGUUCUACGCAUUUACGAUUCAUAGCUCACUGGCCACAAUACGACAUACCGCUGUGACCCCACUAGAACAUACCCCAAACAUACCCAAUAGACCGCCCACCAUUACAGCCAUCGUCACGCUACGUCACAUUCGAUGAUUCCACUUAAUAACUAAACCCCUACCCUACCUUACCUUUUGCCUAGGAAGAGGUAGGUAAGGUCUGAUCGAGAACCUUAGAAGCACCUAUCUUAUCUCCAUUUACCUAAGACAAAACUAGAAACUACAUACAGAAGCUAUUAUCCACUUCUCCAACUUCUUCACUUCUUAGCUUUGCAGCAAUCACCUCCCGCCACUACUGUUACUACUACUGUUACUACUCCUACUAGGCCGAUCGACAGGCACACGAUCACCAUCACGCACGCCAUCCACACCAAAAAACCCUUACCUACCCCCACGAGACCCAAAACAACUACCGACCAUGAGUGUAAAUCGACAGGAUAGCAACUUAAUAGAUUUCUCGCCGCCUUCCUCCGGCACCUCCACCCCGAUAUCCCGCCAUUCUUACGCAUACCCACAAUCGCAAUCACAACCACGAUCUCCUCCACCUCAGACCUCCCCGAAUAGCGGCGGUAGUUACAUCGGGUCCGCCGUACUAGGUCUAUGGCGACGAUUCUCCUCCCUCGAAGCACCUACAUCACCUCCUAGUGGUACCACGACACCACCCUCACACACAGCACUCUACAAUGCGAAUUCAGAACCAGCAUUACCAGGUGAUGGGAUUAACGGCCCCUUCAUCCCACCCUCACGACCACCUGGGCGUUCAGCAUCACCGCGCGGACUACCAUCGCUAGAACCGUUGACGUUACGAGGCUAUCGCGGUGACACAGGGGCUGACGAGAGGUUGCUGGCGCGAGGCGUGGCCGAGGAAAUCCGUACUUUCUUACCGGAACGCCUUAAGAUUGCUGAGGAUUGGCGGUUAGUAUACAGUCUAUACCAGGAUGGCAGUUCCCUAGGGACGCUAUACAAGCUAUGCGAUGAGUACCGCGGCCGAAGAGUCGGGUUUGUGCUCGUAGUGAGGGACGGCAAAGAUGGGACCUUCGGCGCAUACCUAACUGAAGCACCACACCCAGCAGCUUCCUACUAUGGCACAGGGGAAUGCUUCCUCUGGCGAGCAAGCCUCCACGCACCACUCCCACCACCUCCCUCCGCCGACACAACCAACAUCAACUUCCGCACCACGACAAUAGCAUCCCCCACAGCCUCCACAGCCUCCACAUUCCCCCCACACGACGACCGCCAACCCGCCACCCAACAACAACAGACCCUAGCCCCAGGCAUCACAGACCCAUCAACUAACAAACUAAAACCAUCUUCACUACCCCCUCCACAACCCCCGGCGCAAAGUAUCCGAUUCCAAAAUUUCGCGUAUACGGGCGCAAACGAUUAUUGCAUUUUCUGCGAGUCUAAGUUCCUAUCAGUGGGCGGUGGAGGCGGGGGUACGUAUGGGCUAUGGUUGAAUGAUGGAUUAAGUCGUGGACACAGCGCGCCGUGUGAUACGUUUGGGAAUCAGCCGCUUAGUGACGAGGGCGAGAAGUUUGAUGUGCUGGGUGUUGAGCUUUGGGUUGUGGGGAGCGGGUAGGUUGGUUUUAGCGGGAUGUUCGAUGGUUUUAAGAUUAUGAGGGUGAUGAGAAAUGGCCAAAUAAUUCGAGAAUAGGACAAGGGCGAGACGAGAGAAUCGUCUAAUCAAGUUGGGAGUCGGAAGUCAGACAGAGAGAGAGCUUAUUCCUACUCCUACUCUUAAUACGAUAUCCAAUGUGUAGAUGGAAUUUCACAUCAUUUUAACCAGAUUUAAGUUCGCUAUCAUUUGGAAUAAGGGUGGAUUUGUGAAAUGACAUAUGGAUGUAUAGCAAUGAUACACCCUGGUAACACCAUAAGGAAUGAAACGGAAUACGGAUAGAACUUCUACAUCCGACCUCAGCCGAUUAGCACGAGAACUCGGGAUAGGAGAACAAGCGGGCUUAGAUUAGAAGAGCUAAUAGCUACGUUAUACAACGCUAUCGAGUGAACAUCGAUCCCAUCCAC